AUGGCUGGAAGGGAUCUUAAACAAGAGCUCAGUGAACUCAUCCAGUCCUGCAAAAACAAGGGACUUCUGGGGGACUACUUUGAUCAUGUGCAAAGCUUACAAGAUGAUGAUGAACCAAAGUUUGUUACAAAAAUUAUAACUCUAUUCAUUGAACAAGCAGACAAGGACAUAGCAGAAAUCACAAAACUUAUGAGUGAGCCGGACUAUGACCAGGUGAAAUUUCUUGCUGAUAGAAUCUACUCAAGUAACUUGGGAAGGUGCCUUGAGAGCUUAGAGGUGCUUAAGCGUGAAUAUCAGAUCAUGAAGGAGAGUCUGAAUGACAUUGUUGAGAUGGAGCGCAGAAUCUUUGAUGAAGAGGUGUGA